UAUUCGAAAAGUAUUUCAAAAACAUUCGCAUUUACGAAUAGUGAUUAUUCGAUUCGAUGACCGAAUCGAAAAAAGACACUAUUCGAUUCGUUAUUUGAAAGUUAGGAAUGCGCGCACACUCAUGUCAAUUUUAGGUGAGCGCAAAUGACGGGAGACCAGAGGAAGAAAGACAGACACAGCGCUGAAUCAGAACUAAGGUUUAUUAGUAGAGUCUACGACAGAAGGACACAUUAGAACAAUAAAAAGAAAGGUAAAAGGCCCAAACAACACCGUCAGGUGACACGUGACUUAGCAAGCUUUCGGUUGCUCUCUUGAACAAAGGGGUUGCUUUCGUUUUUUUUUUUUGUUGUUUUUCUAUUUCCUGGGGUUGUGUGCGCGCUCUGUACAGCUGUGUAGUAACGGUGUUUUUUUAAGUAAGAAAUACGACAUCUGUCCUAAAAGCGUGAAAGCUUUCGAAAAAAGGAAUUAGGCAAGCGACGAGCGGUUAAUCUAACCUAAAGGUGUUCCUAACACUCCAUUGCCUUUAGAGUAAGAUGUGUGGCAAGCGAAACAAGUUCUAAACCUGUGCAUAUGAAGGGAGCAAUUGUUUUCGCGUACGGCGAAGCAGUGAAGUCGUCUGCAGUGUCCUGUUGGCGUUGAUGAGCUGCGUCGGGGUGGCGCCGGCUAACGUAGCAGACGCCUUGGACUCGGCACCUCACAUCGUUCAACGAGGACUGUCGCUCCAGAUAGCUGCGGCUACACCUUGGAGCCGGACACGCUACCAAAAACAACAGCUUGGUGGGAAAGAGAUACUACGAACGGGCUGUCCAUACUUCAGCGGUUGGAAGCAGCGACAGCACCCACGUGAGGAAAGUGCGGAAGGCAGAACGGUCGCCUACGAGGAAAAAUUCGGUCGAAACCUUCCUCGUGACAGCACCGCUUACGAUGGCAAAGUCACUGAAGAGCUGCUGUCUCGCGCGAACGUGAGUUUCCGAGAAACGACGGACGUGGCGACCCGCUGCGCAUCUCCGGAGAGAAGAGAGUGCGACCCGGAGAAGCCGUACUCCGAGUUCGAUGGCAGCUGUAACAACGUCGCGCACCCCGACUGGGGCGAGAGCUACGCCUGCCUCAGGAGGCUGCUUGAGCCAGCUUACAGAGACGGAGCGGGUCACAUUCGCACGGCUCGCAGCGGCGCUCCGCUGCCUUCGGCCAGGAUUGUCUCGACCACGAUUCACACGGAGAGCGAGACACCCGACCGACGGCGGUCGCACAUGCUGAUGGCGUUCGGCCAGUUCUUCGUCCACGACGUCUCCCUGACGCCCACCAGGCCUCUCAGCCGCCUCGAGAUUAAUCAAGGACUCGACACGACGACGGAUGUGCUGCCCAUCGCCAUUCCCCCUGACGACCCUUUCUACGGGCAGUUCAACCAGACCCAGAUGGCCUUCCAGCGUUCCCUGUGGUGCACGCGGUGCCGUUCCGGCUAUAGGGAGCAGCACAACUCGAGGACGUCUUACAUCGAUGGAUCGCAAAUCUACGGAGUGAACGAAGACGCGGUCCGCCUGCUCCGGGCAAUGAAAGAUGGUCUCCUGAGGUCGCAGUCAGUGAACGGCGACACUCUCCUGCCUGUGAGCAUGGAGCCAGCAAUGGACAACUGCAGCCACCACGGGGACAGUGGAAUGUGCUUCCACGCCGGUGACGUCAGAGUGAACCAGAAUGUCGGCCAGGUGACCAUGCACACGAUCUGGAUGCGCGAGCACAACAGGAUCGCGCGGAAGCUGCAAGCUGUCAACCCCGACUGGGACGACGAACGGCUCUUCCAGGUCACGAGGAGGAUCGUGCAGGGCCGCCUGCAGCACCUCGUGUUCGGCGGCUGGGCGACGACGGUUCUGGGCGAAGCGCUGACCGCCAGGUACCGCCUGCGCCCGAGGCGCCGGGGCUACACGCGCUACGACCCCGGCGUGGACGCGACUCUGCUCAACGAGUUUGCCGCCGCCGCACUCCGAUUCGGCCACACCACCGUCAACAGGCGGUUUGAGCUACUGCACGCCAACUGGACAGACGCAGGCAACGAGAGGCUGGCGGGGCGCUUUUUCGCCCCAUUCCCCGUUGUGCAAUCUCUCUGGGACAACCUCGCCAGGGGACUAAUGCGACAGCCAAUGAACGCCUUCAGCAGGCACGGCGACCGCGCGCUCAUCGCUAUGGCGUUGUCUCGGCCGGGCGAUCUCUUUGGCGUCGACUUGUUUGCCACCGACAUCCAGCGCGGGCGGGACAACGGCAUCAGACCUUACGCCGACUACGUGCGGCUCUGUCAUGGCCUGGAGCUCGCCACCUUCGAUGACCUUCACCUCAAAGGACUCAUGCCCGAGGACGUAGCCAGGCUAUUUGCGAAAAUUUACGAGGACGUUCGAGACGUGGACCUGUUCUCGGCUGCCAUUAGCGAGUACCCAUUGGCAGAUGCCAGCAUGGGACCGACCAUGGCGUGCAUCGUCGUGGAUUCCCUGGGCAGGCUCAAGUGGGGCGACCGGUUCUACUACGAGCACGGUGGACAGGCCGGUUCAUUCACGCCUGGUCAGUUACGAACGAUUCGGGAGACAACAACGCUGGCCAAGAUCGUCUGCGAGAACACCGAAGGGACGGACACCAUUCAGCGCCAUGCCUUCCUUCUCCCCGGCAAACAGUACCCAACGGCACAGGAGCCUGGAGCGAUAGCCCGAGUACUCAACCCCAGCUUAGGACAAACACCGCUACGAGAUCCGACGAAUCUCAUGGCCGAAAACCACGAAAUCAUGGACGAAGACUACCAAGACGCGGCCGGGGAGACCCGUGACCACGGACCAGCGGCAGCCACUCAAGGCCUGACAAGCAGCACCCCAGCGACCACAACGUCACAAGUAAGUCAACAUCUCGACGAGGACGCGGACUGGCAGAUAGCCAUUUCCAAGCGGCAGAAGAAACGCCAACGCGGCAGCCAAGCAGAAUUUUUGGCGGGAACAGGGCUAGGGAACGGAAAUUCCCUAGGCUCGGCGAAGAGCACAGGUGGCACGCCAGCCGCACCGAAUCAAAGAGAGGGGGGAGGAGCGCCGAGGAGGAGACUGCCUCCGCUGCCCAAGGACGACUUAAAAAUAGUCCUGAGGCCCAAGGGACUAGCAGUGAAGAACCUGCAGACGCACCAAGUGGCGCGGGCGGUGGUUGCAGCCACCGGACAUGGAUGCAAGGCAGAAGACCUUAUUAUCCGACUCCGCACAGGUUCCAACAUCAUUAUUGUAAGCACCGACAACGAAAGCGCUGCUCAACAAAUUAGACGCAUUACGCAGCUGAAGUUUGGAGAGCACAGCUACGACAUCAACGCACACGUGGCGGCGCCGGAAGGAACGCUGCGCGGUGUAAUCCACGGGGUGGACCCGGGAACUCCUGCCAAAGAACUCGAGACAAACCUACGAACCCGAACGCAGGGUGUGAAGAUUUUGGCGGCAAGAAUGCUAGGCCGGUCGAGCACUGCCGUCAUCACAUUCGAUGGCCCCACCCUCCCCAAGCAAGUUCUGUACUAUGGGGGAGAAAUGUGGUGCUAUCCCUACAGACCAACGAGACAGAUCUGCUACAUCUGCUGUCAGCAGGGACACCGGUCAGACGUCUGCCCAACUCCCGGGAUCAAGACCUGCAGGCAGUGUGGCCAAAAGGAUCCAGAGGAACACCAUCAAUGCACACCCAAGUGCCUGCUGUGUGGGGAGCCCCACGCAGCCGGCACAAAGGACUGCAAGCAACGUUUAAAGACAACAAGCGAACUACGAUGGGGACCCCAGGGUCAGCAACGACGCGGCCGCAGCCGAAGCAGAGGUGGAGCGCGGCGCCCACGCUGGUUCCGGAACGAAGACCAGGAGAAGCGAGGCGACUACCGGAGCGAGUCGAGGAGCCGCAGCCGGGGCCGCAGUGGCAGCCGAGACCAGGACCAGAGCCGGGAGCGGGACGAGUCCUACCCACCCCUGGGCGGUCAGCAGAUCUGGGCGAAGCCGAAGCAACUACAGAAGAAGAGCGGCAGAGUUAAGGGCAGCCGGAGGUGCAGCCACACCCUCUGCCUGCUGAGUAGAGCAGCUGGACAAGUGGGCCGCAUGAUCAGCAGAGUUGCGCACAAGAGAUACGGCAUGAGAGAGGAAGAUACCCUCAGGCUGGUCAACAGCCUGGUGCACGCCGUGCAUCGCGAAGAGCAGGCAGAACCAGACGCACAUCAUGCCGCCGACUCGCCUUCGGAGGGCGCCGUUGGUGAGCAGGUCGAGGACGCUGACGCGGUAGAGCGCCCGCAGCUCUUCGGCGCGCUUCGUGCCGUAGUCGUGGCUCACAGCGGGCAUGUCGAUGGUGACAGCGACGCCGUUGACGCGAGACAUCCAGAGCAGGAUCUUCUUGGCCCUGACGAAGUUCCAGGUGGCCAGCAGCCACAUGGGCGACUCUUCUGCCGCGUAGAAGCAGAAGACGAGCAACGACGUCGGCAUGAUGCCCACUACCUCGACUACGCGCACGUCGACGACUCCGCCCUCGAGCGAGGUGGCCACAAUGCUGCCCGUGAUCAGCGUGCUCACGGAGGCGCCGACGAACAUGCGCGACGCGACGAAGACGACGAAGGACUCGGCGUACGCGACAACCAGGCCGGCGCACAUGGCGAGGAUGACGCAGAAGUUGAUGACGACGCGUCGGCCCACCUUGUCGCUCAGCUGACCCGCCAGCGGCAGCAUGACGAAGCUGCCGACGAUCUGGUAGACUCUGGUCGUAGUCCCAGUCGUGACACGGUACCGCCUGCCGCUCCGAGUCUAGCGAGAGCCCGGGAUGCUGGGGACCGAAAGACUGCAGGCACAGAAAACGAGAAAGAGGAAGCUACGGCGCACUGGUUGAAGCGGCCGUCGCUGCCUAGCGGGACGCUGACGUUCCUCCAGAGGUCGGCCGACAUGUGCGAGAACUCGGCUGACGGUCGGCACCAGUGGUCCACGGGCGGGGCCAGCAGUCGCGCGCUCAGGAUCUGGUACGCGUCCACGGCGGCCGACAGCUGGGCGCAGGCGAGGAUCAUGAGCUGGAAGCGGCCCAGCGGCAGGCUGUCGGGCAGCCGCGACCCCGAACCCUUGGGCGACAGCGCCGCGUCCAUGUUGCGCAUGGUGGCCGUGCCGGGCAACAUCAUCGGGGGCAGCGAGCCGGCCGAGCAGCUCUCCCUGCUCGGCUGGGAGCUCAUCGGCUUCCGCUCGAGCUCGGGCGAAGCAGUUUUCUUUUCGUCGAAGCCUACGUCUGGUGACACUGUCCUGCUCAGUCACAGGGAGAUUUGGAGGCCCUGGUCCCGUGGCGGCACCCUGAGCGAUGCUCCUUCUGAGGACGAGGGAUACGUGAGCGACAGAGAACGAGGUGCGACCGUGGUGCUUGGAAAUGAAAUGUGUUCAAACUAUGGAGCUCUUUUAUGUCCACUUUCUUGGCAGAUCUUUCUUUCUGGCUAUGUUUGCGGAAGUGUGCAACAGGUUAAAUUUCUUGACAGAUGUAUGCCGAUGCUUCUUUGCUGCGUCGUCCUGGUCGCGGCAUCGGUUCACCACCAGGACGGAGGCGAUGGCUCAUACUCAACGCCUUCGUCCGUCGACGGGCAGCCGACGAGCUGGGCGCAUUUCAGGACUGUUGCUACGGCGAACAUGCAAAACCAAAGACGGGGCGUGCCUCGCAUACCGAACGGCGGCUGCCCUCUCGCCUUGAAACACGUGGCCCUCGGCGACUCGCCCAGGGAGGACAAGCUGAAGGCCGAGCUCGCACUGUGCUUUGAGAAAGCCAGCCGAACGAUUGUGACGAGCGUCCGGAACACGGCCAACGGCACAGAUGGGCUCGAUGCGAAUGCUAAGACGGCGUCUCAGGUGGCAUGCACGGCGUCUCCGCUUUGCCGGCGUCGCGGGGAGAAGCGAUGCGAUGGCUCCAAGCCGUACCGCGAGGCCGACGGCAGGUGCAACAACCUCGAGCACCCCGAGUGGGGAGCGGCGGGAGCCUGCAUGGGGCGGCUACUUGCACCGGCCUACGCGGACGGUGUGAGCUCACCGAGGGUCUCGGUGAAGAGCGGACGCGCGCUGCCCAGCGCUCGCCUGCUGUCCUACACCGCACAUCCCGAAAGAACAGUCUACGACAGGCGGUGGUCCGAGAUGGUCGUGCACUUCGCGCAGUUCGUCGCGCACGACAUCAGCGCAGCCCUGGUGAUCGACGCGGAAGGUCCCGAAUUCUUCCGGAAUCUGGGACGCGACACGUACAACUGCUGCGACGCGAAGUCUCGCUUGGACCCCGAGUGCUUUCCGAUAGACGUCCCCGCCGAGGAUCCUUUCUACGGUCGCUACGAGGUGCGCUGCAUGAACUUCAGGCGCUCGGCUCCGUGCCUCAGAUGCAGACUGGGACACCGGGAUCAGGUCAAUUAUGUGACUUCGUACAUUGACGGAUCGCCAGUUUACGCAGUUAGCGAAAGUCAGACGCGAGAUCUGCGUCUUCUAAAGAGCGGGCUUCUUAAGGAACAACUCAUCAACGGUUCAAAACUGCUGCCCGCAAGUUCACGUCCGCACACUGACCGGUGUAGUAAACAAAGAGAAAAUCGUCUCUGCUUCAAAGCCGGAGACCGUAGGGUCAACCAGAACUCCGGGCUUCUGCUCAUGCACACGAUAUGGUUUAGAGAACACAACCGCGUGGCCAGAAAAAUGGCACGAGUCAAUCCUCAGUGGGAUGAUGAACGACUCUUUCAAGUCACGAGGCGAAUUGUGGAAGCACGUUUGCAGCACAUCGUUUAUAACGAGCUUCUCGAGGAAGUCUUGGGCCCCGAAGGUGUUAAACGGAACCAACUGAGUCCCUUACGUGAGGGUUACACCACCUACGACGCCAGAAUAGACGCAACUGUUUUCAACGAGUUCACCACGGCGGCAUUUCGACUGGGCCACUCACUCAUCGAUGCUGACAAUGAGACAAUAUCUUUGUCCGGCGGAAAGCAGAAGUUGCGCUUACCGUUACGCCACAACUGGUUUAACCCGUUUGCUUUCUACGAAAGUGGCGUCAUCGACGCCGUCGCCACUGACAGGUUGCGUAAGCCGUCACAGAAGAUUGACAGGCAAGGCUGCUUCACAUUUAUUGUUCCUUUGUGAAAUUAUUGCAUUUACAUAGUGUAUAUUUGUUGAUUCAACACAGCCAGUGAGUGGACGAAUGUUUCAACGCAGGUUUUAACGCAAGCUGAUGCGAACUGCGAGCGUCUGUCACCUAAUUAGCCACGUAAAAGAAAAUUGCUUUGCUCCAAGAUGUAAAGCGGUGACCGCCUUUAGAGGGAAUAGAUCGCUGUAACUAUAUAGCCCCGUGUACAUGGUCACUUGUUCAAACGCACCAAUUCAGGAGUGAUAGAAAAAGUGAACAUUUAUUUUUAUUCUACUUCAUCUAGAUA